CUUCCUUUUCCGGUAGGGCCCCAUGGUUUCUCUGGCCCCACGUGUAUUUGGACUGGAGCUCUUCCUGGAGUAGUGCCCGCCGUCGUCAGUGCGGUUGACCCCAUCUGGAGCGCGGAGGCCCCCCCGGGGUCGCGAGGCCGGCAUCAUGCCUAAAGCAUCAAAAGGAAAAAGUACAGGACAGGAAAAAAAAAUCAUCCAUCCGUAUAGUAGAAAAGCAGCUCAAAUUAUGAGAGAGGCCCACAAACAAGAAAAAAAGGAAAAAUUAAAGAAUGAAAAGGCCUUGCGUCUCAACAUUAUCGGUGAAAAACUACAGUGGUUUCACAGUCAUCUUGAUCCUAAAAAAGUAAAAUAUUCAAAGAAAGACGCUUGUGAAUUAAUUGAAAGGUAUUUAAAUCGAUUCAGUGAUGAACUGGAGCAGAUUGAGUUACAUAACAGCAUCAAAGACAGGCAGGGAAGGAAGCACCAUUCCCGGGAGACCGUCAUCAAACAGACGAUGGCACGUGAGCGGCAGCAGUAUGAAGGAUAUGGUUUUGAGAUUCCAGACAUUGUAAAUGCAAGUAAUCUGAAAACUUUUAGGGAAUGGGAUAUUGAUCUGAAGAAAUUGCCAAACAUUAAAACGAGAAAAAUCUGUGCUAAUGAUGCAGUGCCCAAGAAGGGCAAGAAGAAAAAUAUUGCAACUGUAGAUAAAGAUUUAGGGGAAUUGCAACUAAAAAGUGAAACAGAUGACUCAGAUGAGGAAAUGACUGCAGUGGACUAAUUGUCUUUAUUUGAGUUUAAGUAAUUUAAGAGCUUCAAGUUAUACUCAUUGAAUACACAUAUAAUGUAUAUAUAUGGUCUAGAUACAGGAAUUUGCUAUUAGAACAUUCUCUUACAUGAAGAGAGUCCCAUUUGUAGUUUCAAAAAUGAUGUUAAUGGUUUUUAUUUAAAAACCAAAGUUGCUUUAUCAUUUACAUUACGAUGCUAAAGUCGAUAUGAAGUGAUCUGCAAAACCCAUUUAACCUGAAUUUCCAGGGGUGUGGAGUAUGACAUGAAUGAGGACAGAAAAUGUUUUAAUUUUUACCUCCUGUUUUGAUAACUGCCUAAUCUCAUUUUUGGGGCAUGGAGAGCAUUCUGUUUCUAAAAGGGUCCUGUGGAUACUUCUUGAACUGUGAUGAUGGCAAUGUUGCUUUCAGUAAUAGUGUCACAUUAAUCUUCUUAAAUAUUAAACCUAUUUUCUUUUGUUAUAAAAUAGGGAAAAAUGUGAUACGGAAUUCAUAUAGGCUGAUGGAUUUUAUGUUAAUCGUAUUUGCUAUCUUCUGAGCCAGAGUUAAAUGGUUAAAAGAAAAAAAAUCACUUACGUUGAUCUACCAUACUUAAUCUUUUAUCUUUUGACAAAGGAGAUAAAUGAUUUCAGGAUGGAUCCUUUUGAUUGUAUAUUAUUUUUUGCUUCCUCAUUGUGAAAAAUAGGUUUUGUUUGUGGAAACAUAGCUAAAUUGGCCAUCAUAGAUGACUAAUUUUUUAAUGGUGCAUUUUUGCUUUUUCCUCCAAGAGAUAGGUUAAACUGACAUAUAACUCAAUAUUUCAAGUGUCAGAAAAAACAUCAUGGAUGUAGUAGAAUGUUCUUCAUGGAAUUCAUUAUAUACAGCAUAUCUUUUAGUCUGUAUUAUAAAGGAACAGUGGAAUUGUAUUUGAGUAUUUUCAAAAAAAGAAAAAAAUGUAUGAGGUUAACUAAAUGUCAACUAAGUGUUAUUAACAAUCUAAAGUGUUGUAACUUUUUUAUUUAUGAAAAUUAGAAAUAAAAUUUACACAUUUUCAUUUUUUAAGGUUCUAAUUAUUUAAUUCUCAGUGAUGUAGCUGAUGCUGAUUUGCUCUAAUAAUUUGUGUAAAAGUGACUUUAUUUAAUUAAACAAGUUCAGCUGUCUUUAGUCAUUGGAAAUCCCCCCUCCUUUUUUUUUUCCUUUGGUUCAUAUUUAGUCUCAAAAUGCUGUAAAAACUAAAUCAUAAAUUAAAGUAAAGAGAAUAAGAACCAUUUUAUUUGGUCUGAUAUUAAAAAGCCAUCCUGUUCAAUAAAUAAUUUGUGGAAAUGGCAAAUGGUCUUCCCCCUCAAACUGGUUUUCUCUAUGCUGUCAAAGCAAAAAAUCUUAACAGGUUGCACUCUGAGAACUAGAAUAGUUAAGUAUUUGCUGAAUGAAUGAAUUUAUUUUUUCCUUUUAGAACCGUAAUAAUCAAUGUCAUGUCACUCCUGGCUGGACCAGAGCAGAUAAGUGGAUUUUAUAGUGAUGUUUUAAAAUGAUAUCCUUAAUCACUGUCUGUAGAACAUGUUCUUUCUGCAGUGAUAACUUAGGCUCUCUUAUCUAGACUCCUUGGUCAGUAGCAUAUGUUUGUAAGAUAACUGUGCAGUCCAUGGCCGCAUAACAGAAUAAAGGUAACUCACCUCAUUUGUACUUCCUUCUGUCUAAACCAGGGGCUGGCGGACCUUGUGUGUGUGUGUGUGUGUGUGUGUUGCCACCCUUUAAAAAUGUAAAAAAUGUUCUUUGCCCAUACACAAAGGGGGUCAGACCAGAUUUGGUCUGCUUGCCAUAUUUUGCCAACCCCUGAUCCAGGCCAACAAGCUGAACUUCCGUGGUCAUAGGUUAAUGUAUCUUUUUAGGCUUAGAUCAGCUUACUGACAUCUUUGUUUUUUUCCUCCUGAUGUGCUAUUGACUUGUUUGCCUUACCAACAUAAUUAUCCAUUUAGGGCUCUAUUCACCUCAAGUAAAAGCUUUUUCUACUCUUAUUCAUAUCCUGUGUGCCACAGGGGCAGGAGGUUGGAUAGGUGUCCUCUUUGCUAUACUGCUACUUCUAAAUAAUUUCUCCUUUAAUUGUUUGAAACUCUAUUACUGUCUCCCUCUCUUUAUUAUCUUCUUGCCUUCCAGUAAAACCUUCUGCCCUUCCAUUGAAGUCUUUAACUCUUGGCUCAGUUAUCCUCUUCUUACCUAUUCAAGUCAUUUUAGUGAUCUCAGUAGCCUAUUAGAUAACAAAUCUGCCAUUAUAAUCUUUAAGUUUCCUAAUCUUUUUUUUCCCCCAUCCUAUCAGAGGCACUUUCAUGGUAUUACCAGGAUCCUUAUCAGCACCUGAAUCUCCUACUGUAAACUUGAUUUUAACCCUUCCACUCUCCAAGCAUUAUCACUUACCCUUUUCUACUGCUUGCUACAGUUCUACAGUUCUUUGACCUCACUUUUUCACUAUGCAUCAUCUCAUCUUCAGAUUAUUAGUCCAUAGUUGUUUCCUUCCAUAUAUGCCCUCAAUUCCUUUACCUCUGGCUGCGUAGCAUUCCUCCCCAAACCCAAAUCAAGUAAAACUAAGUUAUCUGCCUUUUUCAUGCCUGUUGCCAAGCAGCUGAACAUUGCUGGAGAAUAUCAAAUAGACUGUCAAAUUCAUAUUUACAAAUCUCAAGUGGAUUCCCAAUACUGCUUAGCUGUCUUACUAUAUUGCCUUAUUAAUUUCAUUUCCAACUUUGAGAUGAUUAUUUUACUACUUUUUCUUGCUUUAUAACUCCACUUAAAUAUUAGCCUCUGAACCCUGAACUUUCAACUGGUGAACUUUUAUAUAUAUAAUUGAGAAAAUAGAAGUUAUCAUAUUCUCUUUUGAUGUAAUGGAUGUAAUAUCUUUUCUCCUUUCAAAGGUAAAUAUGCCUGCUUGUGUUCUGGAUCCCACUCUUGUUUUCUCAGGAACUUUGAUCUUCUCCAGUUUUUCCAUCCAAUUUCUCAAACCUGCUAUCAUCCCUCUCUCCCAUGGCCUUUCCCCAAUCUAAUUAGGCAAUAUUUCUGGUUCUAUUUCCAAAAUAAAUGGCAGAUCAGUCCAUGUCAGGCCAUCUCCACUUUUCACUCCUUAAGCCACCAUGUACUAUGGGCAGUGGCUUCCUAUCUGGACUUUUUUUGUUCCUCUUUAAUCCAUUCUCCAGAAAGUAGCUCAUGAAGUUUUAAAAAUGUACAUGGAAAUAACACCAGUCCCUUUGCUCAAAUCCUUGCAAUAGCUUCCUAUCACAUUUUGACUGAAAUUCAUGUUCUGUGUAAUGGCCAAAGAGGCUUGGAGUGAUCCAAUUCUUGACUGCCUCUCCAACCUCAGUUUGUGCCCACUAGCUCAUCAGACACACUGGCUGGCUGUCCAUUCCUGCAAUGCAAUGAGUGCGACUGCUUCUUGUAGUGGAACAAUUCUGUGUUGGCACCCUGAUGACCUUGCAUAUAUUCACUUAGGCUGCUCAGGCCAGGCUUGGUUGCACAAUGCCCUGUGCUCUUCCUGGAACACAAGAACAUGGGAGACUUGUGAGGAACUGCUUCAAGGACCCUUCUUAUUUGCUUCUGUAAGGAUAGAGAUAUAGACUCUGAAACUGCCUAGCUACAACAUGGAAGCAGUUCCUCAGCAAAAGGAACUUUGUUCCAAAACAUAAACUGACAAGGGAAAGUAAACUUAUGUCUUGUGUUGCAUCAUCCCAUCAUCUGGCUUCUUUUCUUUUGAUGUCAUUUUGUGGGACAAGAUGUGGGACAAGAUGUGGGGAGCUGGCAUAUUGGUUCAUCUUUCUUUUGCUGUCUGUAUAAGAAACUGUCUGAAUCUGUCAGCCUUGCCUGACAUUUCCCAUUCAGGACCUUGGUGCUUACCGUUCCGUCUGCCUGCAUUGUUAGUUCUCUGAGUGUUUGCAAGACUGAUAACUGAUUUUUUUCUCAUCCUUCAGGUGUCAGAUUAAAAAUUAUCUCUUUAGCUAAAGCAUCUCUACCCCUAUAUUCUUUAUACUCUGUGGUAAUCUCGAUUAUAGUACCUAGUAUGUGACAAUGAUAAGUGAUCUAGGAGUCUUUGCUGUAAUUUCAGGAGAUGGGGUAAGAUUAUUAGAAUUCAGACAUACAAUUUGAGCAGAACAAGUUUAUACAAUGAGUGGUCUAAUAGACUAAUAGGUACCCUAGGCCAGGCAAUCUAUUUACCCUGCAUUCCCGAGUUGGGGCUUUGGAGAGAGACAUUUUCUUUGCUAUCGCCAAAUCUCUUUAUUAGAACUGAAUUCCAUUAUCUUUCUCUUAAUAUUUAUUAUCCAUGGAAUUAUCUAAAUCUACUCCUUUUUUAUCUCCGAGUAGACAAAAAAAUGCCUUUAUAUCCUUACUUUCCUAUAUCCAAGCCUUAUUCAUGAGAAAAUCCUUCCUCCAGAUCCCAUUGUGAUUUUUCUUAACUUUUGAAAACAGGUUUUGAAAGUCUGUAUAGAUUAUGUCCAUUAAUUUCCUUUUGUUAAUCCAUUUAUUUAUUCCUUUCCACAAUAUCAAGGGUUAGUCAGCAUAUCAUUUGCCUUAAAAUAGUUACAGAUAUGUUCAGACCCUGCUUAAAAAUGCAGAUCAUUUUUAAGCAUCGUAAAAACUUAAAUCAAGUGAUUCAACAAUACUCAGUUCUGUUUGAGUGCUACAAAUACAGAUCUGCAGAAAUCCCAUUACUUUAGGCAAAAAGUAUAGAAACCACAACAAAGGUUUAGGUCAUUUUUUUAAUAUACAAAGUCUUUCACAGAUAAUUAUUUUCUUUUCCUUAAUUUGUCUUAGUACACAUUAUUCACAAAACAUUGUUAAUGCAAGAGAAUCAGGUAAAACCAGAACAAUUACAAAUGCCCAAUCUCAAAAAUUGCACAAACAAAAUAAUUUUUCUUGUUUGUUUUAAUGUAAUAUUCAUUUUCAAAGUGGGCUUCUUCAGUUGUGGAGGAAACACUGCAGCCCGAAAUAACAGUACUUCCUUUCAGCUAUAUUGUUAUGUAAAAUAGCACCAUUGGGCUGACUUAAGAAAGGAAAAAAGGUUUUCAUCUUUCUUAAUCAAAGUAUAAGCUUCACACAAUUAUUAUAUAACAACUACAAUAACAAUAAUAAUAAUAAUAAUGUUAAAUUUUAAGAGCUGCACUUUGUUCCAAAACAUAAUCUGGAAAGGGAAAGUAAAUUUUUGUCUUUGUGGAUGGAAUAAUCUUCCCCACCCUGCCCCUAUGACAAUUGUAACUUCUCAUAAUGAUGCCAUUGCUCCAAUGAGCUAAUUUUCCAGCCGAAGAAUGGGUGUUUUAGGGGUAUUUAAGGACCUUUUGCAAAACAGAGUAAAAUAUAACUGAGGCCAUCUCCCUGGGACUAUCACAUAUAACAUGUGGUUCAAGCUCAGAGUGAGAUUUAAUUGUGGGACAUUUUGGAAGACUCCUUUAAUACUAACUUUCUUCAGCUUCUCCAGAGCUGUCAGGUUGAUGGUAUCAUUUUUGUUUUGUUUUCAUUUUUGUUUUGCUUGUUUUGUACUUAAGCUUAAUUGUCUUUUGGACUUAACUGUUUAAAAAAUACUGGAAUUUCGUUUCUUACCAAUUUAACUUGGACAAACAAUUCUAUACAAUAAAAGUGACAGUUCUUUAGUUAAAAAAUUAGAAGCCUAAAUGUCUGUGGUAUAUGGUAUUGGUAAUAUCACAGAUCAUGAUUGUAAAAAGUCAAGGUUUUUAACAGAACUGUAAGUUCAUUCUUGAAUUCCAGUUCUUUGUUUCAGUUCCGUUUUAUUUCUUACAAGAGCAGGUAAACAAGCCCCCGAAAAUUGUUAUUCUUGAGAGCAUUUUUCUUUUUGAGAGGUAUAUCCAAUCCAUAAAAGCAUUGCCACAAAGCCAAAUCCUUUCAUUGUUUGAAAGGGCAAACAUACCAUUGCCUCACAAAAUGUAAAAAGAAAAUAAUCAGCAUUAGGUUUUAAAUGCAUGCAGUUCUUUCAGAUUGUUUGAACCAUAAAAAGCCGUGGCAAGCUAUUUAAAAAAAAAAAAAAAGAUUUAAAUUCAGGAGUCGAGCAGGGUUUUUAAAAGGUAAGAAUAGCAGAAACAAAUUGUUGACUUUUAAUUUGUUAGGGAGCUUGUGUUAAUAAUUUUGUGAUUUCAGUAAAGUCAAAACUCAUAAAAGUUCAUUUUCAGAAUUUAGGUACAGUUUUAAAACACCAUGUUGUCUUUUUCAUUAAUAUAGUAAUGCUAUCCUUGCCUAUCUAUAUAGAGACGUUUUCUUAGUGUUAAGUGUAGCUCUUAGUAAAUGAGGCCUUAUUUUAGCCAAUCUUUCCCCAUGGUGAAAUGGGCUAUGCACUUAGCUAUCUUGCUUAGAUCUGUACACAAUUGAAAGAGUAUUUCUGGUGGUAAUUAGGUAAAUAAUCCUUUUCCCUCAAGAUCAAAAAAAAGAGAAAUCAACUUUCUUUGCUGGUGACUAGAUUUUUGUUUUCCAAUAAUAUUUUUAAACAGCAUGUUGGCAUUGCUAAACCACAGGAAAAAUAGAUUAGUAACAAGCUUUUGUUUUUCAUGAAUGUUAUUUACCUUAAACUUUAGACACAGAAACUUAAGAGGAAGUUAAUACAAAAUUUAGUUUUCUAAAGGUUCACAUAUUUUUUAAAACACCACAUAUUGUGUCUUUAUUUGUGCAGAAUGUUUGGUCCAGUUUAGUUGCAUUUAUUUUGUUCUGCCUCUGCCUUUAUUCCAUAACCCUACAAGUUUCAAGAAAGAUGUUUUAAACCUUUUGUUUCCUGACUGACUGAAAAUGUUAAGAUUUUUCUUGUGUAUAUACAUGAGUACACAAGCACGCCACACACACACAAAUUCAACAUUGUUUACCUUUUCUUUAUUUCUAGAAAUUGGGACUAUUUGGACUCAGUGUCAGCCACUACCAAUAUUAACACUGUCUUUCUCCUCACUAAAAAGUUAUUUUUUUUUUUCCUUUUUCCUGUGAUAAUCUGUGAAGAACAAGCACACUGUUAAUUACAAAGUGCAUCAUUGUGAUACUUGGACUUGUACAAUGCAAAACCCAUGCUUUGGUUCUCAUGGCCAUCAUGGUUGCCUGCUCACAGCAAUAAAUAUGAGAGCUAACAAAAAUAAA